AUGGUGGAACAUCGUGAUGCAACCCAAUUGAUUGCAUCUCUACAUGAAAAGUUUGAUUUUGAUAGCCGGGAUAAGUGGUGCUUGUUUCAUUCGAUUUCAUUUGAUGUUUCCGUAUGGGAGAUUUGGGGAGCGUUAUCAUGUGGAAAUCAACUGUCUAUCGUACCUUUCAAUGUCACACGUUCUUCGGAUGAAUUUCAUGACUGGAUUUGUACCAAUGGAAUUACUGUGCUAAAUCAAACCCCGUCGGCAUUUAAAACGCUCAUGUGUGCGAAAAAUGUUAGCUCCCGAUCCUAUCGACUACGAUAUGUUAUCUUUGCUGGUGAAGCGUUAGAUCCAUUGAUAGUAAGAGACUGGUAUGACAAGAACGCUGAAAACCAAACAGUGAUAAUCAAUAUGUAUGGGCCCACUGAAACAGUUAUUUUUGCAACCAGUUGGAUCAGUGAUGUCACAAAUUCUAAGAGCUCACUAAUGCCAAUCGGACGUCCGCUGUCUAAUAAGCGAAUUUACCUUCUUGAUGCACAUGGCGAGCCAGUGCCACUAGGAGCCGAGGGAGAAAUAUAUAUUGGUGGUGAUGGUGUGGCACGCGGCUAUCUAAAUCAACCUGAACUUACUGCAGAACAUUUUCUUCCCGACCAAUUCAGUGACGAUCAAAUGGCACGUAUGUACCGCACUGGUGACAGAGCACGAUAUCUGUCUGAUGGUAAUCUGAUCUAUCUGGGACGCACGGAUCAACAAGUAAAAAUUCGCGGCUUCCGAAUUGAGCCUGGUGAAAUUGAAGCCCGCUUAGUGGAACAUCCCCAAGUGCAGGACGCGGUUGUACAAUCAUAUGGCAAUGGAUCAGAUGCUCGUCUGGUAGCUUAUGUGGUGACAGAUGCGGAUACAUCAUUAGCACAGGAUUUGCGUACAUAUCUAUCAAAUUUACUGCCUGACUAUAUGGUACCUACGGCUUUU